AUGAUCAGAUUCGAUCCGGACGACGACGAGGACAUGAGCGAGGAGAAACGCUUCUAUUACCUUCGGCUGAUGGCGAAACCGGGUCGGAAGCCGAUCAAAACGAAAUUUGUUACAUGGUCACCCGAAGAGCAGGGUAGUAGCCGUGAUGACGAUCCAGUGCUUGAGAGCCAAGCGAUGCGGGUGGUCCGUACGAUAGGACAAGCGUUUGAGGUAUGUCACAAAGUGGCACAAGAGCAAAUGCUGGAGAAACAUGAAGAUGAAGCUAGCAAGAGCAAAGCUUCUCUCGCUAGCGAGGACGAUACGGGUAUUCCUUUAGACGUUAUUGAAGAGCGAGGAGCUGCUGAGGAGAGCAGUAGGAGUCAAAGCCCGGCUGAACCUUCGACUGGAGGACCAUUGUAUGGGCGGCGGAUGUCUUUGUUUCAACCGCGAAAGGCAUCGUCAGCAAGUUCAUCCGUUGGCACAGCCAUUGAUACGACAACGCAAGGUGGCGCCGAUCAACCGUCGAAACCGGAGCCAUCGACGUCGGUCAAUCCAAACAAUCCACUUCUUCAGCAGCAAACUUCUCAACAGUCUGCGCAACAACAACCGUCGUCG